GUCCGUAACAUUGGGGAUCGAACGGAUGGUCAAGAUCUUCGAGAGCUUUUUGGACGAUAUGGUACCGUCAAGGAUGUAUACAUUCCGAUCGACUACUACACCAAGCGCCCAAAGCCCUUUGCUUUUGUCGAGUUCAUCAAUUACGAAGAAGCUCGUGAUGCCAAGGAGGACAUGGACAGGAGGGAAUUUCAAGGACGUGUGAUCGAUGUGGUGUUCGCGCAGCAGAGAAGUAUACCGAUCCUCUGCAUCGAGUAG